AGGCAAAAAAGAACGAAACCAAACACUUUACCAGAUUUGUCUUUUGCGUGCCGCCGGAUCGCCGUUCUCCUGGUGGGGAUGCCUGGAACAGCGCAAGCAUAUAUUCUCCCGCCGGCACAUUUUUCUAAUUGACGCUCCACAUUUUCCAGAUCUCCUUUAUCCCGCCGAUCCAACCGCCACUAUUUUCCGGCGACGAAAUGGAGCUCCCGGUGAUCGAUCUGAGGUCGUACUUGGAAUUCUCAGCUCGGUCGCAGACGGAGACGGACCUGGAUCCCCAACUCGUGAGUCUUUGCUUAGAAGUGAGCCGAACCCUAGCAGACACCGGGGCUUUGCUGGUGAAGGAUCCGCGUUGCUCCGCCGAGGACAACGAUCGGUUCAUUGACAUGAUGGAGAAGUACUUCGAGCAACCCGAAGAAUUCAAGCGCCUCCAGGAACGUCCCCACCUUCAUUAUCAGGUUGGAGUGACACCGGAAGGAAUUGAAGUGCCUCGCAGUUUAGUUGAUCAAGAAAUCCAAGAGAAGCUAAAAUCCUUGCCCAAAGAGUAUCAACCAGCUCCUCUCUCAGGGCCCGACCCUAAGUGGCGGUAUAUGUGGAGAGUUGGUCCACGGCCGGAAAUAACCCAGUUUAAGGAACUGAAUUCAGAGCCAGUCAUACCUGAAGGAUUUCCUGAAUGGAAAGACACUAUGGAUUCAUGGGGAUACAAAAUGAUAUCUGCCAUUGAGACUGUUGCUGAAAUGGCGGGAAUUGGGUUUGGCCUGCCCAAGGAUGCGUUCACUUCACUAAUGAAGCAGGGACCACAUCUUCUUGCUCCAACUGGAAGUGACCUUAAACGUUAUGGUCAAGAGGGUACCGUGUUUGCAGGAUACCAUUAUGACCUUAACUUUCUUACAAUUCAUGGAAGAAGUCGAUUUCCUGGUUUAAAUAUAUGGCUCAGAAAUGGGCAAAAAAUGGAAGUGAAGGUCCCUGUUGGGUGUCUCCUCAUUCAGGCAGGAAAGCAGAUUGAAUGGUUGACUGCAGGGCAGUGCAUGGCUGGCAUGCAUGAGGUUGUAGUAACCAACAGAACAACUGAUGCAAUCAAACGAGCAUUGGAGCAAAACCGCAGCCUCUGGAGAGUAUCAUCAACUUUGUUUGCACACAUAGCAUCAGAUGCAGUGCUAAAACCCUUGGGACACUUUGCCGACACCCCUCUUGCGGGAAAGUAUCCUCCGAUGUGCGCGGGAGAAUUCGUGGAGCAAGAGCUCUCUGUUAUUAAUCUCAAAGGUAAGAAAGGAGAGCCUUUAUGAUCUCCAUCUCUUAGAAGCAAAUAACAUUACAAGAUUACUGCUGUGAAGUGAUGAGCAAGAUAUGGAAUAUGACAUAAACGAGUCUAAUUUAAACCUCAACAGAAAAGAUUCAAAAAGAUUCCAUGCUUUAAAUAAGAUUUCCUCACCAUGAAGACAUUUUGAGGAUAAAAUUGAUGUAUUUUAACCUUUGCAACUUGUAUAAUGUUAAUUUCUCCACACAAUGUUAUCUUAGUGGUUACCUCUAAAAUUGUGUUUACUGUUGAAAAUUAUUCCUCGUAAAACUGACGUUUGUUCCAAUAGCAACCAAGGAAAAAAAAUUGUAAUGAAGCGUAACAAAUUUCCAUACCACCAUAAUGAUGGAACGCCAUGAAGUUGAAGAAGCUCGAAAACCAUGUCACAAUCACGCAAGUUAUGUGUUAUACUAUCAGGCAAGGUUAGGACGGCAGCACGAAACAACACCCACUCGGCCCAUAUCUCCCCGACUAUUAAAUGAGGCACCAGUUG